AUGAAACUCGGUUUUCGAUUGAAUUCUCUAAUUUUAUUCGCUUUCGUGAUUUUGAGUGAUGCGCAGACGACGACUACGACAACCACGACAAUCACGACAACAACCACCUCCACAGCCACCCCGACCACCACUGCUACGUUCAUUUGCAUUUGUGACAGCUCGGCGACGGCGGUUGCUGGGCAAACUUGUUUGAUCAGCUUCUACGGUUCCGAUCCCGAAACCGAUUACAAUCUUUCCGGUUGCGAAUGCCCCUCAGGCAAAGGCGACCCGCUAUUCCAAUCAUGUGACUCGGGGGUUUUCGUGCAAUAUUGUGUGGCAAUCGUGGACAACUACGACAAUGCGACGACAACGACGACCACGGUAGCCACAACAACUGCCUGCGAAGACGCGAAUUCAAACGUUCCGCCAAAUCUCUCAACUUUUCGAUGCACUUCCCGUGUGCUCUCCAAAACGUGGUACAAUAUCUUCAAAAUUCUUUUCUGCCUCUGUUUCAUCUAUAUUUUGAUCUGUGUCAUCGCGACGAUCAUCAUCAACUGCAAGCACAAAAACAAAGGCCAUCACCGAUACAUUCACCUCUUCCAAGAGAUCGGCAUGAUUUUCCUCUUCAUGACAAUGAUGGCUCUGCAAUUCUUUCUCUACACGAAAAGCAGCCCAUGUAAAAUUGUGAAAAUCCUUGUCGACUUUUUUAUGGUUUGGGUGUGUGCGGCGUUCAUGUUCGAGGCCUGGUUCGCGAAUUCAAUGAUCAACGCAGCGUCAAAGAAGAAUGGCAGCAUCCCAGCCAUCAUCAACUACAUCGGAUCGAUUGUGAUCGCUCUCCUCUCCGCGCUUAUCCCAUAUCUUCUCAAGCAAACCGAAUACACUCCAUCUGGACUGCACUGUUUCGCUCCAACGACCGGGAACACCCUUUGGGCUUUCAUCAUUCCCCCAUGGCUUCUCAUCACUGUCGCUUGUUUUAAGGUCCAAACUGCUUUCCUCCAAUGCAAGAAGUACGAUCUGAAAGCGGUAGAUCGGGAUCAAAUCUAUUGGGCAUAUCGAUCAGCCCGUGCCCUUCCUCCAUUCGCGUGGCUUCUUUUCGGCAUCUACACAACUCUGAUGUUCGGUCUUGAUCAACAACUCUAUUGGGUGAUCAUCCUAGCAAUCUUCAUGACAUUCGUCUACGGACCAGCGAUCUUCUUCGUUCAUACGUAUUGCCAUGAGAAUACCUCCAAAAAGUGGCACCCGAAAUUCUUCGGCUUCUACACUCCAUGCCCUGAAGAGAUCCGCCCGCCUUCGCCCACUCCCUCCGAUGAUAUUAGCGACUCUCAGCCACUUCCACCAGACCCGCAAAAUCCCGAUCAACCACCACGAAAAGCCAAAAAUCUCAAUUUUGUAAUUUUAGAGAAAAAGAAAAACCAGCCACCCGCCGAAAAGCCGAAAACCCCGCCACCACAGGGCCCAUUCAUCCCCGACAAGAACCACGGUGGCGCUCAGAAUUUCUACGAUUGGUUGACGGAUAGCAGAGACACCAAUAAAGCACAAGAGGAAAGCGCGAUGAUUCUCUUCAAACCGAGGCCA